GUAGGCUCCCUACCCUGGCAUGUACAUUCAUGCAUAUCCAUGUGGCAUGGGCUGUCAUGCUCUCACAUGCACCAGUAAUUGACAAGAAUGCUGCACAGAGUUGGCCGAUCAGAAGAUAUGCAGUGCAGAGGAACAGGAUUUGAGACAGCCCCGGGUUUCCUCUUCAAUCCCGCCCCAUCUCUCUAAAUUAGGUCAAAAUGACUGAAAAGGCCCCAGAAGCACACCUGGAAGAGGAUGAUGAUGAGCUGGAUGAAAAGCUCAACUACAAGCCUCCACCUCAGAAGUCCCUGAAGGAGCUGCAGGAGAUGGACAAAGAUGAUGAAAGUCUAGCUAAGUACAAGAAAACGCUGCUGGGUGAUGGCCCUGUGGUAGCAGACCCAUCAGUCCCCAAUGUUGUAGUCACUCGGCUCACCCUGGUUUGUGACAGUGCCCCGGGACCAAUCACCAUGGACCUUACCGGGGAUAUUGAAGCCCUCAAGAAAGAACUGUUUGUGCUGAAGGAAGGUGUUGAAUAUAGAGUCAAAAUUAACUUCAAAGUGAACAGGGAUAUUGUGUCAGGCCUGAAAUAUGUUCAGCACACCUACAGGACUGGGCUGAAAGUGGAUAAAGCAACAUUUAUGGUUGGCAGCUAUGGACCUCGGUCAGAAGAGUAUGAGUUCCUUACUCCAACUGAGGAGGCUCCCAAGGGCAUGCUAGCCCGAGGCACAUAUCACAACAAAUCCUUCUUCACCGACGAUGACAAGCAUGACCACCUCACCUGGGAAUGGAACCUGUCCAUUAAGAAGGACUGGACAGAAUGAAUGCAUCUGCCCAUCCCUUUCCCUCCCCUUGCCACCUGGAAGAAUGUUCCUAGUCAUGUUCAUUGCCCUGUCCCUUUUGCCUGCUCACAGCUGGGUCCCUUCUCCAAUGCUCCCCACAUUCCCUUAUUGAUGCAUCAUAUCCGCCCUGUUUCUCAGUGUGGCCCCUAGCACAAGAAGCUUAAAUGCUAGGCUUUAACUCUGCUUAAUCCCUCCUGUCCUCCAGCAGGGCCAGAUCCUCCAAGUUCUCCAUCUCCAUACACAAUCGUUUUGUGUUUCCUGCUCUUAUUCCCAGCCAAAUAAUCAGAGACCAGGAAGUGGGCAACUAUCACUAACAGUCCUUUUGCUAUAGGUCCCAGUAAUUCAUCCCCAUCCCUGAAUCCUUCUGUGAUUGCUGCUGGCUCAAUGAACCCCUAGUCACAUCCCCUACCAGUUGGGGUUCUUCUUUUGUGGGAGACACUGUAAAGAAAAUAAGAGUAAAAAUAAAACAAAUAUAUAUCUGACUGAGA